GCUCUUUGGAGCCACAUUGACCCCCAGUUCGUCAGUUGAGAAGUCAGCGCCAUUGGGGUUUUGCAUGUGGAUUGUGGAAUGCUAAGUAAAGAAAAUAUAUCUUACUUAAAAAAAACGUUUUAUUUGAUCCUGUGAUUUUAACAAUAAUAUGUAGCUUGUGUUUAAUAUAUAGAGAUAACGUUUUUUCAAAGCAUAUCGUUGCUAAGACUAGACGUUUGUGUAAUUUGUCCAAGUGAUUUCUACUUUCCCGUAGCUAGCAGCGUGGUAGCUAGCUAGUGACGCAGUUUAUAACUUCUUAAAGAAGCUGCAAUUGACGUGAUAGACUAAGUAAUUACAUGCACUGUGUGCAUGUUGUGUGCGUAACUAGUACGUUAGACAAACGUAGUUGCUAAUAUUAGUUACACGUUUCUAUUUCUUAGUCAUUGUGUGCAGCCAUAAACGUGAACACGGCCAGACAGGCUCCUACUGUGUUGUCCUCUAAAUUUAUACAAUUAUAAUCGUUACUACACUGUUAGCGUUUACUAAACGCGAUUAUGCCGCCACAUAUUUUCAGGCGCUUGUUCUGAACUUGCGAGAGUGCGCAUGCGUGAGCGCGGUUGGGACUUCACAAUACUUACUACAGAGCACCGCACGACCGCGUAGACAGACAUACGUUUUUUUAAAUGUUUAAGUUUGGGCGCUGGUGAUCUAAUUUGCGCUAAUUUACACUGUGGGACUUUCUUGCAUUUCCCAGUUAAAAUGCUGAUCCAGGUCAAAUACAAGGAACACCAAAAGUAUGUGAAGCUGGAUGAUGAUGAUGGAAGGUUGGACUUUCUGCAGUUCCAUGAAAAAGUCAUUGAAAGGUUUUGCCUGCCACCAGAUGCAGAAGUUUUAUACAAGGAUUCAACAGGGACGGAAGUCGAUGAAGUCAUUUUCAGUGAUGUUGUAAAAGAAGGCAAUGCUGUGUUUACUGCUUUUUCCAAUGAUGAAUUUUCGGACACUUUGUCAACAAUUACUCAGACAUCUGAGUCAAGUUGCAGCUCAGGUGCAUCAACGCUGAUCUUAGAUGAGACUCCGAACAAGCGAAAAAGAUUUGAUGAAACAUCUGAUGCAAUGUUGGCAAAACAGUUGAUUGGGGGCGUGCUAAAAUGUAAGUCUGGUGGUGAAGAGGUGCUACAGCAGUAUAAAGAAAAAGAAACCCUGAAAGAUGCCACAAGAAGACAAAUGAUUAACAUACUGGUGGCUCACAUGAUCGACACACAUGGGAACCUUCCUUCUAAAGCUAUCCGAGAACAGUAUGCUCUUGGGAUAGUGAUGCUGUUUCCUUCCCUUAAGGAUCCAUAUUCCAAAAAAGGCUAUGUGGAUCAAGAUUUUACUCUUCUAUUUGAUGAGGAGACAUCGUCCAGGCUGCUCCAGAAAUGGGACAUGUUCUUCAAACCAAAUGUAAUAAAAGAGGCCAAGCAGCUCACUUUAACACCUGAGGUGAGCCAGUUGGUGCUCAUAGCAGAAAGUGCCCCUGGAUGGGAUCUUGAUGAGACAAAAAUCUGCGACCAAGAAAUGUCCUCCAUUUUGUUGCUGUUACAUCUUCUUCCACCACCACCAGGAAAGAAGUCUCCGAAAAUUCGUGCAAGUGAUGCAUCCGAAAGACUUGUCAUCUUUCACAAGUCAUGCUGCAGUUUGGAGGAGCAUUUCAGCAGCUCUAAACGUCAGCAUCCAUACCUCCUUGCUGUUGGGCGUAAAAGAAGCGUGAUCGAUAACUUCUACAUCGCCAUGGACAAGCAUCUUAUCCCAUGCCAGGCAAGCCGUUUUCUUGAGGCAUUUGACGAACUGUUCAAAGCUCAUUUUGUGUUUAAUUUGUCUUAUGAUGAUGCACUUGUGAACUUUUACACGAUUUACCACACGUUCCUACAGACAACACUGUACAACAUUGAUGUGGGUAAAAUGAAGGAGUCUCCCAGAGUAAGAGACUUGAGAGCCAAACUGCUCAACCAGUCAGUAGCUUUAACUUAAGCAUUUAUGGCUUAGAGAUGCUAAUUUGUUUUAUUUGUCAGUUAUCGCAUCCCACCAGUCAGCAGUUGAUUUCACAUUUAAGACUUGAACAUAGUUUCUAUCCUGGACCAAAGUUUAAAUUAAUAUGUUCUCAACAUGGUUGUAGGCAUCAGUUUCUAACAUAUGCAGGUUUCCGAAGCCCCUUAAUAAUGUUCAUAGCAAUGUUCAGCAUGUUGCUAGCACUUCAGUUGUAGCAUGUUCCUCAAGUGAACCAAUUGCAACAUCAUCUCAAGUUUAUACUUUGGAAGACCAAAUGAAUCCCCAGGAUCAAUCCACUUGUUCCAUUGCUUCCUCUGAAAACACUGACACAGGGCUUCCUAAAGAUCUUACCCAAGAUUUGUGUGCAUCCAUUGUAUCCAAAUUGCAAGGGAGUGGGAUUUCAAGUGGUUUGGUGUCUUCAAUUGUGGGUGAUUUAGAAGAACUACAGAUGGAGCGGUUCAUUUUCGCUGAUUUCAGUCGACUGUCAGUCACCUUUCUGACGCUGAUCACACACUUAUCACACCCUCAUCAGCCGACCGUCAGCAGCCCCCCUCCUUGGUCUGUCUGGGGAAGGCGUUAAAUAUGUUAAUGAGGCCACCCCCAUUUUAGCACCAAAGACGCAAUUCCAGGGUAAAACCAAAAGGUGGAGCUUUAGUAUCUGACCCGUAGAGUUAGGGUCAAACAGCAAGUAUAGGCACAGUUCUGAGAACAGGACAUAGAUCUGAUAACGUCAGUUCUACACUGUUUGCUAGGGCAGACAGACAAACAGACAGACAAUAGUCUGUCUAAACAGUCAACUAAAAAGUUGAGAAAACUUGAAAAGUUGACUUCAUUUCAGAAUUGAAUGUUGUACUAACUUUUUUAAUCAUAGAUAAGCAUCGGCAGCUCACACUGCCACAGCUGCCAAACUACCUUCUGGAGGUUUAUCAGUUACUGGCUGUAUUAGGUUGAGUUGGACUUCACAAAUGAAAUUAUUUAAUUGUCAUUCUAUAUAUUAUUCUUAUUCACUUGAAUGUAGUGUGUGUCAGUCUGCCUGCUUCAGGAGCUGUUUUAAAUUUAAAAAAGAACAUUUCAAUGUUCUAAUCAAGCUUAGAUGAACAUAACAAUAGAGAGCCUCUUUUCAGACAGAACGACCAUCCACAGCACUAGUUAGACUGGUUUCACACCACCCCCUUCUCCCCAAAGCACCAGAGUCCUGCAGUGCUGUUACCUGAUGUGAUGUAAACAGAUACAUUUGUGAACUACUUCAUCCAUCCAUCACUUAUAAGAGCCUAGUGGUUAAAGCACACAACUUCUCACCCACAGUUUUUAAAUAAACUGUUUUUGUUAGUUGGUGGUUUAAAAUAAGAAACUUUUAUAUCCUAAAGCCAUAGACUUAACACUUUCUUUUUAACAAGUUUUAUUUACAGAUUUUAUAAACGUCCAGUUCAUUUGACCAUUUUCUAAACCAAGUUGUCUGAAAGUUUGGUCACUACAUUCUUUUAGAGCAGAAAUGUUUCUCAAGGAGCUUUUACAUGAUAUGUCCUUCAUGGGGGACAUGGUCUUCACACCUUCUCACAGUCCUUUGUUCAACUGAUGAGCCAGUUCUUUACAGGUGUGAAGUGCAGCCUAUUGUAAAUAGAGGAUAGUGCCUAACUUUACUCAGACUGAAGGUUCCUGCACUUUUGGUAAUGUUUCUGCUUUAAGAAAAGUCUGUAAGUUAACUUGAAAAUUAUUGAGCAGUCACAAUCAGCCGAUUGUGGUGACAUUUGGCAGUAAAGGUGACUGAAAUGACACAGAACUGAAAGAAUAUCAGCUGGCAUAACUCAUAACACAUAUGUAUGCAGAUCUCUGUAUUUUGUGUCACUUGAAUUUGUGUGGUAAACGAAAGAUACCAGAGGCAAGUUUACACCAGGAGUCUCUAGCUGGGAGCUUCUGUGCCUUAACCACUGGGCUGUUGGUCCUCUGAGGGAGACCUACUGUAUGGACAGUAACUAAAUUCCUUCAUACAGCAUUAUGUUAACAGAGCCUUGAUUUGAGUGGAACCUUUAAAGUUAUGGAUCCAUGAAGAAUUUUCUUUUUAAGCAGUUUACAAAUAUAUCUGGUUUUCAUGGCUCAGGUGAAGUUGUGUGGAAGUUGAGUCAUGUCAACUCUUUCAGUCUGGUGUCCUUCUUGGGGGAGGGUUAUCACACCUACUCACUUUUGUGUCUUUUGUUCACGUAACGAGCCAGUUCUUUGCAAGUGUAAAGAGAAGCCAAACUGGAGGAUGGUAUGGAACUUCCCUCAGACUGAGGAAGCUUUUGGUCUUUGUCAGUUGUCAAAAAAUGCCAGUAAAUUUAGAGCUAAACAUUACAAUACAGUAAUACAUACAAUACAGCAUAAUUAAAACAAAUAAAAUAUCCAUGUGGAUGUUGACUGAAUGUUUGACACUAAUGAACUAAAGGGCAUUGUAUUCAUAACAGCUGUAAUUUUCUACUUGCUUAGACAUAAAUAUCUUUAAGUUCAGUUAUAAGCUACUUUACAUUUAAGAUGCUCAUU